AUGUGUUUACGCAAAAUCCCGGCAUGCAUUGCUGACAUAGAUGCAUGGGAUCGGCAACAAUUAAAAGAGAGCGGAGUCGAAUCAGUAUGGGACAUGUCUGAUGCAGCUUCUGAUUUGUUUGAUCAAUUGGAAGCGUUGGGAUCCAGCAGCUCUGGAUGGCGCCCCCUAAGGCUUGUGGUCCGUUCCCAAGCCGUGCAUCUCCUGUCCAAUGCCAUCUUAGAUGGACUCUUCCGACCGGAAUUCAGCAAUAUCCUCGUACAACUCUGCAUUCAUCUAAACGGCAACGAGGAGGCUGCUCAGUUUGUGGCCUCGAUAAAUAAAUGCCAAAUGUCUAAAUUCCGAGCUGGGACGACUCACCUCAACGACAAUAGGGACUUUUCAUCUCUCUGGGCAUUGUUGAAUCCAUAUAAAGGAAAGAAAAUACCCGGCCCCGUUUUUGAAUGUGUCUCUACCUUGAUCAAUAAAGGAUUUAUCUCGUCAUCUUGGCUUUCUACACGAGCCUUCUCUAGUUUCUGGAUUUCUAGCCUUGAAGGCCUAACUUCUGGAAACGCGAAGCCACACAUUGUGGAAUUUAUGUGCAUAGCUAUAUGGACCCUUGCUCGAGGCAGUCGGCCCAAAGACGUUGACUGCUGUGCCAUCGAACAAGCUCUUAUCCGCGUUGUGGCCGGUUUGGCGGUCGCAGCAUUAACCUUGGAGGCACAAGUUAUUCCUGGAGAACGUGAGCAAAGAAAAGCAGCGUGGAGACGGUUAUUCUAUGUGCUUGAAUGCAGUAUCUCACUUAUUGCACGGUAUAGGAGCCGUAAGAGCCCUCCAGACAAUGCCUCGUUUCUGCUCGUUUUUGCACGCUAUCUUGCGGUGACAAACUCAAGUCUUGCGAGCUCAGCUUUUAAAAGGCGGGCUGCAGAAGACUUUGAGAAUAUGGCCCACAAAAUUGACACUGGUACGAACAAUGGUUUACAAUACCAGCAUACCGUUAUUCUUCUAUGUACCGUUAUUCAAUGUCGCCGCCGUAGCAGCACAGCUUCGACUCAGGAGAUACUCUCCGAUGUC